UCAAAAUACAGCCCUGGAGCUUCUCUUCUCUAUAGACUAUUGUUAACCCCACUUGACUUCAAAAUUCUUAAACAAAAAAUCCAAGUAUUAUCCUACGAGACAGAGCUACAUAGCUAAUUUGAACACUACGAUGCUUUAUCUCGUAGGGCUAGGUCUGUCCGAUGAGACAGACAUUACUGUUAAAGGCCUCGAAAUCGUGAAGAAGGCUUCGCGCGUCUACCUCGAGGCUUAUACAAGUAUCCUCUUAGUAGAUCAAUCUAUAUUGGAGAGUUACUACGGUAGAUCUAUAGUAGUUGCCGACCGUGAAAUGGUCGAGUCGAACAGUGAUGAAAUUCUACAAAACGCCCAAACGGAGGAUGUCGCAUUUCUAGUCGUUGGCGAUCCUUUUGGCGCAACCACUCAUACAGAUCUUGUUCUCCGCGCGCGCGAGCUCUCGAUUCCCGUCCAAACAGUUCCCAAUGCGUCCAUUAUGUCCAGUAUUGGUGCUACUGGGCUUCAGCUCUACAACUUUGGCCAAACCGUGUCUAUGGUAUUCUUCCUCGAUAAUUGGCGCCCAGCGUCCUUCUACGAUCGCAUAAAGGAGAACCGAGAAAUAGGACUCCAUACUCUUGUGCUAUUGGAUAUUAAAGUCAAAGAGCAGAGCUUAGAAAACAUGGCUCGGGGAAGAAGGAUCUACGAGCCUCCAAGAUACAUGACUGUUGGUCAAUGUGCGCAACAGAUGCUGGAGAUUGAAGAAGAAAAGAAAGAGGGUGUCUACGGACCAGACAGUUUAGCCGUUGGGGCUGCUAGGGUAGGCGGCAAAACAGAAAAGUUCGUCGCUGGAACGUUAAAACAACUGCGUGAUACCGACGAUGCUCUAGGUCCGCCAUUACACAGCCUAGUAUUGCUUGGGAGAAGAGCGCAUGAAUUAGAGAGGGAUUACACGCGGGAAUUUGCAGUUGACAAGGAACUGUGGCAAACCAUUUGGAAUAAGGAUUAUGGCAAGCAAUGAAGAAAG